AUGGCCGGCCAGUCGAGAUAUGCUUCUACACACGCCAGCAGCUCUGCCUUCAGCUCAUCGGCAAAUCCACACGAAGACUGGACCAAGAUUUCCGACCUCGCGGAGAGACGACGAAUACAGAACAGGAUUGCUCAGCGCAACUACCGCAAGAAGCUCAAGAGAAGAAUGGAAGAUCUUGAGCGUCGCGCCGUGUCUUCAUCUGCUUCCCCAGAACAGGCACACGCAGAACUGGCGAGCACGACAACCAGAGACGACUCCUCCAAGCGACCUGAGAAUAUGGGCCGCCAGGCUUCAAGGUCAGGGUCAGCAAAUUCGUACGAGGGACAGAUAGCUUCUCCCGAGAUCUAUCCUUUGGACGACCAGACAUCACUUUUUGAGACCCCUGCUACAACACAUGCUUCCCUCAGCUCGCCACCGGGGUUCUCGUUUUCCACCUAUCCGCCCACCACAGCAUACCUCCAGUACGAACAGCAACAAGCCACGUCUUAUGAGAGCUCACCCAGCUACUACCCGAAUUCCUACUAUCCGGUGGAUGUCACCCCCUCAGGCCUACCCCCCAUGUUACCAGCCAUGCUCCCCUCCACGUAUGGGAAGCAGGAUCAUUUCUUCGGCGACGACGACUUCUUGAGUCCAUUCAGCAUGAACUAUGCGACGUUGGCUGGUCUUGAAAUGCCCUCGAACCAGGCUUUCACAGGGGCAACUUCUCAUGUACAUCCCACCAGUUUUUUCUCUCGUUCAUAUUCAAGCCCGCAUUUCUGA